AUGAAUCAUGGUGAAAUUGUGGAAAGAAAAAAAUAUAAAAAAUAUAGUGACCAAGACCGUAGUCGUAUUUUGGAAGCCGCAAAUCGUGGUAAUGAUUGGUCUGAGCUAGCUGCGUCAUUAGGUAUAUGUUACAAAACAGCUCACAACUGGGUGGUUAAUUACAAGGAAUGUGCGCUUAAAAGAGGAGGAAAUAAGCCCAAGAUACUUACAGAGAAUGAAAUUAAUGAUAUACUAAGCUGGGUUGAGGAGAAAUCCGAUAUAACCCUAAAAGAAAUUUCAAAUAAAAUAUAUGCGCAAUCUGAAAAAAGAGUUGCUUUAUCAACAAUAAGCAAUACGUUACAUGGUAGAAUGUAUACAGUAAAAGGAGUACACAGUGAACCCAGUUCUAUGAAUAAUGAACUCAAUAAGACGAAAAGACGAGAAUAUGUUCAAUUACUGAACGAAUUUGUUAGAGAUGGAAAGCAAGUGGUAUGGCUUGAUGAAACAAAUUUCAAUUUGUUUUGUAGGCGGAAACGUGGCUGGUCGAGAUGUGGUACACGUGCAGUACAGACAGUUCCUACGUCGAGAGGACCUAACAUUCACCUAAUUGGGACCAUAGGUACAUCAGGCGUAAUAAAAAUGUGUCUGAAAAGAGGUUCAUUUAACGCUAAUGCUGCUAAUGGCUAUGUAGAGGAUGUUUUUAGAAAAUGGGAGGAUUUGGGCAACAACCUUUCCGAACUGGUAGUUGUAUGCGACAAUGCUCCAUGUCACAGCAAGCUGGAACGAUUAUUUGAAAAUUCUGAAGCAACGUUACUAAGAUUGAGUCCGUACUCCCCAAUGCUCAAUCCCAUUGAGACAAUAUGGGGGAAAAUUAAAGCACAUGUGAAGUCAAAAAUUACUAUACCCAACACUGCACCACCCAACGUAGGGGAACAAAGACUCAUUUACCUAGAAAGUCUAAUAGAUGAAGGCAUCACUCAAAUUACAGUUGGGGACUGCAGUAGAGCUAUACAGCAUUCCACCACAUUUCAUCAAGCAGCAGCAGAUAUGCAAAAUAUGCCCGUUGGCCAUUAA